AUGAGCUACAACAAUCCGUACCAGCAAAGUAAUCCUUACGCGGAAACUUAUGACAUGCAAGAAAAUGUUAACGCUGGCCAACAUAAUGGAGGUGACUUUCUAACAUUCAUGAAUGGUAUCAACCAAAUUAACUUGGAACUGGACCAGUACUCUGAUCUAAUUGACCAAAUCGAUUCUAGUCAGAGAAGGCUGCUCACCGAGGUGAACGAGGACCAGGAACUGGCUGUAAGACAGCAUCUGGACGGCCUUGUUUCCAGAGCUUCCGAUUUGCAAUAUCAACUCAAGAACAAGAUAAAAUCGUCACAACAGCAAGGUCUAUCAGACUCUAGCAAACAAGCCCAGGCGGAAAACUCAAGACAACGAUUCUUGAAACUCAUCCAGGACUACCGCAUCAUUGAGGCCAAUUACAAGGAACAGAAUAAAGACCAGGCCAAAAGACAGUAUCAGAUCAUUCAGCCAGAGGCAACUGAGGACGAGGUCGAGGCUGCCAUCAGUGAUGUUGGUGGACAACAGAUUUUCUCUCAAGCGCUAUUGAACGCCAAUCGUCGCGGUGAGGCCAAAACUGCUUUGGCCGAGGUACAGGCUAGACAUCAAGAGUUAUUGAAACUUGAGAAGACUAUGGCCGAACUCACUCAAUUGUUCAACGACAUGGAGCAGUUGGUUAUAGAACAGCAGGAAAACAUUGAGGUCAUCGACAAGAACGUCGAGGACGCCCAACAAGACGUGGAACAGGGUGUUGGCCACACGAACAAGGCUGUUAAGAGCGCCAGAAGGGCUCGCAGAAACAAGAUCAGAUGCAUUUUGAUUUUGGUGGUGAUUUUGAUCAUUAUCAUUGUCGUUGCUGUGGCCGUCCCAUUGGCUACCAGACACUGA